AUGGCGGCGCUGGUGCUUUUCGUCGUCGCCUUUGCGCUGGCAGCUGCGGCGCCGGUGCCCGUUCAGGAGCCAGGGAGCCAUGGGAAUCAUAGCGGCACGCAUCUACUACGCCCGCUGACGUUUGGUCGGGACGGGACAUUCCAGCUCUCCAUUUUCGAGGAUCUGCAUUUUGGAGAAAACGCCUGGGACCAAUGGGGCCCCCAGCAAGACAUCAACUCGGUCCGCGUCAUCAACGCGGUCCUCGACUCGGAGCGCGCAACCAACCUGGCCAUCCUCAACGGCGACCUCAUCACCGGCGAAAACACCUACCUCGGCAACAGCACCCACUACGUCGACCAGAUCGUCGCGCCGUUUGUGCGCCGCGGCCUCUCCUGGGCGUCCGCCUACGGCAACCACGACCACAGCUUCAACCUCUCCGCGUCGGGCAUCCUCGCCCGCGAGCAGGCCUUUGCGGGGUGUCGCACCAGGAGCAUGGUGUCGGGCAGAAACGCGGGCGUGUCCAACUACCACCUCCCCGUGUACUCGCCGGACUGCGCCGCGCGCCACUGUGCCCCCGAGCUGCUCCUCUGGUUCUUCGACUCCCGCGGCGGAGCCUACUUUCGCGAGAGAGACUCCGAGGGGCGCCGGGUCGCGCAGCCCGACUGGGUGGACGUCUCCGUGGUGGAUUGGUUCCGCGCCGAAAACGCGCGCAUCGGAGCGGAGUUCGGGGGCAGAACCAUCCCGUCCUUGGCGUUUGUGCAUAUUCCCACGAAUGCGUCGUUUGCGCUGCAGCAGGAGCGCGGGACGGGGAGCGUCCACCCCAACUACCAGCCCGGCGUGAAUGACGACUACCCCCUUGCGCAGCAGGCCCAGGGGUGGUGUGCGGAUGGCCGCAGCGACGGCGGGUGCGCCUAUGGCGGGCAGGACGUCCCCUUCAUGCAGGCCAUCGCGUCGACGGCGGGACUCAUCGGCGUCUUCUCGGGGCAUGACCACGGCGCGACCUGGUGUUACAAGUGGGACCGUCUGGUCCCCGGAAUGACGGUCGCCGGCAACGGGGUCAAUCUGUGCUUCGGGCAACACUCUGGAUAUGGAGGCUACGGGUCAUGGAUCCGAGGCUCAAGGCAGGUUCGCGUGUCGAGGGCCGCUCUGCGACACGGGUGGCAGGCAGAGACGUGGAUUCGGCUCGAGAGCGCGGCCGUGGUCGGGCAUGUGACUCUGAACGCGACGUAUGGGAGGGACUGGUACCCUGCUACGCCGAAUGACAAGACGGGAUGUCCGACGUGCAACUACACCGUCAUCAGCCCGGGACCGAGGAGACGCUGA